AUCAAGCGGCUCAGUCGGUGUCAUCGUACGAGUUCGAAUCUUAUCAUGCGGGUAAUCCCCAUAGUUGUGUUAUUGUUGAUGCUGUCUACGGAUUGCGGCUUCACUGCGAAAGGAGUUCCAUGCGGACAAAAGCAGCUCACGUUUCUGGCUUACAUUUACAAAGGAAACGCAGCCCUCGAAGCGGAUUGGCCCUGGCAUGCUGCCAUUUUCCAGAAGCAGAAUAAUGGAGGAGAAGACUACAUCUGCGGAGGUAGUGUGAUUAGUGAGAAUUUUGUCCUGACUGCUGCUCACUGUACGGUUUCCUUCCGAAUGCCACUUUCGGCGGAUAACUUCCUGGUCAAGUUGGGACUACACAACAAGAGUUUCCCCAGUGAGCACUCCAAAACGUACGAAGUGGUGGAAGUCAUCCGGCAUGAUUCAUUCAAUAUAAAUAACUUGAAAAAUGAUAUAGCUCUACUAAGAACUGAAGAGGACAUAACUUUCUCCGACUACAUUCAGCCAAUUUGUCUCUGGCCGGUGGAAAAAUCUGACCUAAACUCGAUCCUUACAUCCAGAGGAACCGUAGUGGGCUGGGGAGUUGGAGACGAAUACAAAUUGGUGGACAUUCUGCAGCAAGCCAGGUUAUCCGUGGUGGAUUACGCUACUUGUUUGAAAAGUAAACCGGAACACUUCAGCAAGUUGCUGGCAGAUGACAAAAGUAAUUUUUGUGCUGGUAACCAAAACAUGACAAAUGUCUGCGAUGGAGACAGCGGCGGAGGGAUGUACUUUCGAUUGAACAACGCUUGGUAUAUUCGCGGUAUUGUCAGUGCCGGAGCACGUACGGAAACUGAGAGACGAUGCGAUCCUCAGCAGUUCGUAACCUUCACCGAUAUACCGUAUUAUCUGAGGUGGAUCUCACAGCAUCAAGAAAACGUGAAGAAAAGGAACCUCCUCAAUCUGGGAAGUUGUGGGUUGGAUUUCUAUAAUAUCACGGUUCUCGAGAACGAAAAAUCAGUAUUUCUUCAAUAUCCGUGGACUGCCAUGCUUGAGUUUAAAAAGGAAAGUUCUCCAACGGUUCAAACAAUUUGCAAUGGAGCGCUCAUUCACCCGAGAUUUGUAGUCACUGCUGGACACUGUGUUGACGGUAACUUUAGGAAGCUUAAACUAAAUUCAGUUCGACUGGGAGAGUUCAAUCUGAAAACUAAUCCCGACAACGGAAUAUCCUAUAACGGUGAAAGUGUAUCCACAACAAUUCAAUCGAUUGAAAUCGAAAAAGUGUUCGAACAUCCACAGUUCAAUACACCAAGGUACGAUAACAACAUCGCACUUGUCAAGUUGAAGUAUCCGGCCGACAUUAGUAGACCAAACGUAAAGCCGAUUUGUCUACCGACGUUGGACGACUACAACGAACUGUACACGAUUACUGGUUGGCGGCGAGUUGGUAGACAAUCACACGUUCUAAGCCGGGAUACUGCCUUGUUGGAAGAUCUGGAAAAAUGUGAAUCCAUAUACGGAAAUAUCAGCAUCAGAUUGAGUUCCGAGGGUAACCAUAUCUGCGGAAGCUAUCAUCAUGAAAAUGUAAAUUAUUGCUUCCAUUUUAUGAGUGGAGCACCAUUGCAGUAUGUGAAAAAUGCUGAUCGGAAGAAUCAGUACUUCCUGAAGGGACUUUUCUCGUUCGGGUUUCCUAAGUGUCAACUAAACUACACGGACGUGUUCACCAACAUCAAUAAGUUUACUAAGUGGAUUGCUAGCAUCGUGAACGGAGAAGAUGUUUGA